ACAUAUAUAAACCGCGUUUCUAGUCUCUUACAUAAACAACAGACCCAAUGCAAAAUGGCAAAGACUGAUUUAUAAGUUAUCAUGCAUUGAUUGAGGUUGUAGUGAUUGAUGUAAUGUGCUAGCUUAUGACAUACAAUUAAAACCAUUUAAUUAUUUUGACUUUUAUUAGAGAAAUAUCAAGACACUACUUUCCGCAUUAAUCACAGAUUAAUGCAUAUGAAAAACUCAUUCAUCACACACCAACCAAAAAACAAAAUAAAAUAAAAUAAAAAAUCUACAUACAUGUCAAAUUGUAAUUAACAAAAAAAUAAAAACUCUUACUUUGAGGAAGGAGGCAAGUGUUUUCCGUAAGGAAAAUAUCAUGACAGAUUAAAGUAAAAUGGCUCAGAUGCAGUGAUUGACUCUCCAACAGUACAGUAGAAGUUAGAAGAAGUGGUCAAAUUUAAGACGCAUUCAAAUUCCAAUCAAAUCAAAAUUACCAGAGAAAAUCAAACUCACCCCAAUCGACAACGAGAGAAACAAAGACAAGCAAAAACAGAGAGACGAACAGAAAAAAUGGUGUUCAACAGCCUGAUGGUGGUGUCAGUGGCGCACACGUCAACGGAGAUGUGGCAAUAUUUGGCAUGUUUACCUGAGCGUCUGAGCAGCCAUCAGCUGUUAGAUCUUGUCUUCUGCUUCCCUCUGCAGCAGUUGGGUCGUCUCGCUCUCUGCCUCUGGACCUUCCUCUGCGUCCCUCCUCCGGACUCUUACUACUCCUACUCCUACUCUGACUCUGAUGCCUCCUCCUCCACCGUUGUUUACAAUGAUUAUUACUACGACUCCCAUUCUGAUUGAUCCCAUUCUGCUGCUUCGCUCCCCUUAACCUCCACGCGCGCCCUGUACAACACAGAGAAUGCCUUAUGAAGCAACUCUUGAUUGCUCUAUUAACCGUGUUUCCAAGAGCCAAGAAUAACGAACUCAAAAAUAGAGGACAUCCACACUGGAAUUCUGCAUUGGGAAAGUGUACGAAGAGUUGCGACAUUUAAGAAAGAAAGAGUUGAUUGUAAUGUCUCAGAUAGAUUCAAAUAGUGAUACUAGUCCUAGUCAAAUUUCUAGCUUGGGAAUAGGAAUAUUGAAAGAAUGCAUGUUUCAUAGAUUUAUUUCACACUAUUUUUUAUCAUUUAACCAAAAGGCACCAUAUGCUCACUUGCAAUGAGGGUCCUAAAGAGUCGAACCAAAUAGGUUUUACUUGCUUAAUCUAGUCAUAUGAGUAUUUGAUCUGGCAAACCAACUGAAUACAGCUUUGCUUGAUAUUCCUUUUUCCUGCUGAUGAAAUAUCUUCACAUUAAGGUUAUUUGAAUGCAAGAAAUCUAACCACAUUUCUGCUGACAAUGUUGUAAUUUACAUAAAUUGGAAUGGAUAGAACCCUUAGAGUUCCCAUCAGGAUGACUACUUCUUUUAUUGGUUUCCUGAUGGAGAGUGGGCAGUAUGCCAGGUUGUUAGAAAAUAUUUGGUCUUCAAAUUCAUCUUGGGCAAUAUGUGGAUCUUUUGGCUGGUGUGGGAAAUUAUAGAAUAUUUCAUAAUUGUUUGACCACAGCAUAGUUUUAGCCUACUCGUGUGAGAGAGUGGUGCAUAGCUUGUUCCUAGUUUGAAUCAGUUAUAUGUUCGACAAAUAUAUCUGGUUUAAGGUGCAUUUGCAACAUGCUCUUGAGUCUUAGCAGAGGUGCUUCUCUUUGCCAUUUUUUUAAUGCGUUCUGCCAUUGCUGAAGAGCACACUUGACAGUGUUAGGGUGCCAAGACUCACACAAGUGUCCAUAUUAUGAUGUCUCAGAUAUGCAAUGUCAAAUUUCAAGGUCCGGUAAUGAUUGUGAAGGUAGAUUGGUAGGAAGUAUGUGUGCUUCAGCUGGAAAUUGGCCUUUGGUUUGGUAAUCUGUAACCAUAGUGAUGAUGCUCACUGCACAGGAAGUAUGUUUCUGUAUGUUGGUUAGACGUUUUCAGGAGUUGUUUUGGGUGAGUUGAAAGCACUAACUCGACUGGGUCUGAAAAUUGGUGAUUAUUAUCUUGAAAAAGGUCUUUGGCAAAUUUAAAAGUGAAAUGAUUAAGAUGUUGUUUGAUUUACCAUAUCAUUAAACUUCACUACCCUGUGCAGUGUCAGUUUUUCUCCGUAUGAUAGAUACCCUUUGAGUAACAAACAAGCCGGUGGUUCCUUCAUUAGUACUCCAUUUAAUGGGGCGAUAGCGGCUGCACUGUCUACUUUGAUCAUGCUUCUGUUAAUAGACUUCUAAUCUCCUGGAUAAGGAUUCAAAUUGAUUACAGCAUUACCCAAAAGAUAGAGCUAAACAUUAGUUACAUGCAGCGUGAGGUCGUGCAGGGAUAUUUUAAGUUCAAUUUCCUGGGGUCGUUUAAGUUCCUAUUUGAAGGGCAUGGUGAAAUUUUUGGUGAUUGUGAAACAGUAAAAGAAUGGAGAACUCAGUUCUGGAGGCUGGAAGGAUGUCAUAGCCCAAACUGUAGUUGUUAUUUCUUAUGCGUGUGAGUUAAAAACAAGAUUAUUAUAGGCCUCAACGGCCACUGACAUGCAUAUUUCAACUUGUACGCUUGCAAUGCAACUGGCUCAUCCUUUUUCUUGCAAAAACAUGUCCAAGCCAACAUGGGUGGGUGUGUGGCAAUCAUAUCAAGCUAUUUGAAUGCAAGAAGAAACCAGAUGCUUUCCAGUUUCCAUGCCAUUAGCUACAGGAGGCUGUUUAUCUUUAUCACGUGAGAUACGGUGAGAGUCCAUACAUUUUAUUCAUUAGAGGAUCUGGAACAUGAUUGGUGGUUGAGAGAGAGAGAGAGAGAGAGAGAGAGAGAGAGAGAGAGAGCAUAAAAAGGGAAAUGAGAGAGAGCGAGCUGGCAUCAUACACCAAUCACGGUGUAUAUGUUCUUCCAAUGCAUGUGGGGUCUUGACCUUUGAUUUUUCUUUUCUCCUGUCCAUUAUUAAGGUAGGUCGUCUUUGGUGCUCAUUUAGCAAGCAAAGCUACAUUUUCAUAGCACAAUGAUGAAGGGGGAAAAGGGAAGAAAAGCAAAGCUUUUACUGCAAUGGCCCCAAUCUUGAGACUUAUCAAAAUAUUCAAUACCCCAUUAGAAAGAAGAGGCAAUUGUAUAUACCCUGUUUUUUCUUUGUUUGUAGACAUAAGACAUGGACUGAUAAUGGUCUUUUUCCUCCCCAACUUUCUAGCUUUUUCACUCCUUCCUGUUGGGGUUGAGUUUUGCUGGCUUCUCUCCUUCCUGUUGCCAGACCAGAAAUGGUCAAGCCUAAAAUAAUAGCCGUCAUGUUUGGUUCAUACUAUUGCAAAUAUAUUUUGCCUUUAUGAAUACUUGGUAUUUGCCUAUUAUUUUUUAAUUGUCAUCUUUAAAUGAUGAAACAAGACCUGCUCUAAUCUAAUGCAUGGACUCAGAAAUAAAACCAUGUAUGUCCGAAUUAUUAUACAACCAAACUUCACAUGUCCAUGGACUUUUGUGUCUCAACUAGUCCCACUAUUGUCUUUUCUUUUAUAAAUAAAAAAAACCCUCUUCUUUGGUCAACUAGCCAAA